ACCCUGCAAGACUGAGCAGAAGCAGGGCCUCUGGACUAAAUCAGCAUUGUCCAACCAUUUACAGUAUCCACCCUGGCCUGGUACUAGUCUAUUGCCAUCAAAGUUCCUAGAAAACAGCAUUUUUCUGAUGUACUUUAUAGAAUUUCAAGAUUGCAUCAGAAGUUAAGCACACUAUUUAAAGAAAAGUUGACUAGGUGCAAUGUCUUACACCUGCUAUCUUAGCACUUUGGGAGACUGAGGCAGGAAAAUUGCUUGAAGCCAGGGGUUCGAGACUAGUCAGAGCAACAUAAUGAGAUUCUACAAAUGAAAAUAAGCAUUUUCGGGUCCAGUAAGUUUGGAAAAUGCUAUAUAACUGCCUUUCAAACUCUUAUGUGCAGUUAAAUGCAUUGAGAAUUGUCACAGUGAAGAAAUCUAUUGAACUUUGGUCAUUAUAGCACGUCCUAGGUUUACUAAACUAGAGCACUCUUUUUUGAGCAGUACCUAUAAAUGUCCCAUGGCUCUUCUGUUUCUCGCCUUCCUCUUUUUCCUUCAAGUGACUAACCUCCAAAAGAGGUACAUGCCUCCCAAACAUAUUGAGACAGGUAAGCUCUGGACACUUAUGUGCCCACAUAACAUUUCACUCUUUGCUUUAUGAUUUUAUUAGCUGAGGUUCUGUUUGUGUGUUUGUUGACUGAUUUGUUCUUUCAUCCCUUGUAGCCUAAUGCAUGGAAAGUUAAUAGAAUGGAACACAAGUCAGGAUCCUUUUCCUGCAGCCGGGAUUCUGCUUUUACCAGUCCAGUCUCUGUUACCAAACCAGUGAUAUUGGCUGGUGGUACAGCUCUAAGUUCUCCCAAAGAGAGUCCCUCCAGCACCACCCCUCCAAUUGAGAUCAGCUCCUCUCGUCUGACCAAAUUGACCCGCCGAACCACUGACAGGAAGAGUGAGUUCCUGAAGACUCUGAAAGAUGACCGGAAUGGAGACUUCUCAGAGAACAGAGACUGUGACAAAUUGGAGGAUUUGGAGGACAACAGCACAUCUGAACCAAAGGAAAAUGGAGAGGAAGGCUGUCACCAGAAUGGUCUUGCUCUCCCAAUAGUGGAAGAAGGAGAGGUUCUCUCACACUCUCUGGAAGCAGAGCACAGGUUAUUGAAAGCAAUGGGAUGGCAGGAAUAUCCUGAAAAUGAUGAGAAUUGCCUUCCCCUCACAGAGGAUGAACUCAAAGAAUUCCACAUGAAGUCAGAACAGCUGAGAAAAAAUGGCUUUGGAAAGAAUGGCUUCUUGCAGAGCCGCAGUUCUAGCCUGUUCUCCCCUUGGAGAAGCACUUGUAAAGCAGAGUUUGAGGACUUGGACACAGAAACCAGUAGCAGUGAAACAUCAGAUGACGAUGCCUGGAAGUAGGCAUAUAAAUGCUCACAGUUGAAUCUGACCCAGUUAACUCUGUUUGUGUAGGGAGUAGUAUACAAAAGAAAUCGUUCUUUUCCUUUUCCUUUCUUAUGUUAUUGAAUUCUUCAUGCACAAGGGAAAUAAUCAUAUCCCAAAGAGAGAGCAAUUGACUUGUUUAGGUUUUGUUGUUGUUGUUCUCUGUUAUCUGCUUAAUAGAGAGAAGAUUGUGUGGUGGGAAAGAUUGUUAAGAUGUAUGUACACACACACACAGUAUAUACGGGCGAUGCACAGGUGGGAGCUGGCAGUGCAGAGAAGAGGAGACACUGGUCUGCAGCAACAGCUUCUACCAGCCCUUGGGGCACUCACCCCUGUGCUCAAGCAAUCAUUGUCAAUGACAAAGGAACUAUUGAAGUUAUAAUUGUAUUAAAUUAAUGCUAAUAAUUUGGAUAUUUUAUUUUAUUUUUGGCUGCUCGGGUAACUUUAGCCCUUAAUUAACCAAGCAUAUGUGGUUUGUUUUUGUUUUUUCUUUUUCCUUUUUGGGUACAGCUGUAAAAUAUUUGGAUAUAGGAAAUGUGUUAUUCUUGCAGCCUUGAUAUUCAGGGUGGAGUGUAAAAUAUAAAUUUUUGUGAGAUUUCAAAGAUUAAGAUUAUUUUGAUAACAUUAUUUACAGAUUGAAAAGAUGUGGUUAUCACAAGUCUGUUGGGGGGAAACUACUGCAUAAAAUAACUAACUUGGAAUAAAUAUUUUGCAUCAGUUUGGAUUGUCUUGUGUAAGAAAUAUAUUUUCCUUAAAAUUAGAUGAGUGGAUUCUUUUUAAGGGGAAAUAUUUUUAGAAGUUGGGGGGAAAUGUUAAUUCAGACACACCUGUUUCUUUCUCCUUUCAGCAGAUACUUUUUUGAUGCAGAGAAUCCUGUGCAAUAAAUUAUCGGUAAUAAAGUCAGAAA